UCCGACCGUCAGUUAAGCCCGUACAAACGUACGAAUUGGAACGUGUCGGUGUAAGAGUAUCGUCUAACACGACGAUCGAAAAAAACUUAUCCUUUUCAAUGAUGGCGUUCGCGAUUAUAUCGUCGAACGCCAAAAAAAUCAUAAGGUAUUUUAUACAUGGCGAAACUUUUUUCCAAGAACUCGGAACUCUUCGUUUUUAGAAUAUAGAGCGAAAUAAUAAAAAACGACGGAUUCGAGAAGUGUCAACGUGGCAAUUUUGUUGUACAUAUGUUAAUAAUCGAUAUUGGUGAUAAUCGAUCGAUAAGUAGUGAACAUAGUUAAAUGUUACAAGUAUUUGAUAUACUUUCGUUUUUAAGUUACGAUCCUAUAAAAGAUCUUAAAAAUAAAAUGAAAGGUUAGCAUUCGUUAGAAUUUCGAAUAAUUCGAAAGUGGAUAAACAAAUUAUCAUUUUUUCUAUAUAAUUACAUACAUAUGCUUAGUCAUGUUAAUUGACAAACAAUGAAAUUGUCAUUUCUUUAUUGGCUUCAAUGGCUGUAGUGCAAUUUUUUCGACUAUUCAACAAAAUAAGAACAAUUUGAUGCUCGUACAAUACAUUUUUUCCUUAAACUGUGCUAUGACGUAUAUACACGGCUCUUGUUAUUGAUAAAUAUUUCUUCGAUAAAUCAACGACCUGUUAAAUUCGGAGAAGACAUAAAAAUAAAGGAGCUAUCAGGCAAAUGAAAGAUCGAGCGGACAAAAUAUGGAUGUUUUUGGAUGCUGAUUUGAAGAUUGCGUUGUACUUUCGAUGAGCAGUAUAAAGUAAAUCGAGUGUCAUCCAAAUCUCUGAAAAUAACGAUAUUAUACUAUGUUACGAUAGAGAAAACGUAAAGAUAAACAACAAUCAGGGUAUAUUCCUGAUGGAAAGAAUACAAGUCGGCGUCAAAAUAUAAAAAAAUAAGAAAGGCUUGAAAUAGUAUCUUCGGAAUUAAAUUGCAAAUAUAUUUAAAGGCGAUACUUUUUUUUGUAUCCUCAUUAUGCGUGCUUCUUUAGACAUAAAUCGUUCAUGCGAAUCAGCAAAAGUCCAAUAACGUAAUCGGAGUUCUGUCGUGCUGGCAUAAAUUCGACGAUUAAAAAUAAUCGUCUGAUUAUUACUUUAUUCGAAGUUGUAUCUUUGAGAAAUAAGAAAGAAGGAAAAGAGUGUAUGCAUAACGCCAUAUAGAAGAUCGAUCAAUUCAUAGAAAGAAGACGAUUUCGGGAAGAAUCAAAGAGGAAAGUAGGCAGAUAAAAAAUGGCAUACGACGACGUGAUACUCCGAAUGGGCGAAUUCGGUCGUUAUCAACGCCGAGUUUAUUUGCUUCUUUGUCUUCCGGCAAUAUCCUGCGCAUUCCAUAAAUUGGCAGGGGUCUUUCUUGGGGCAAAAAUGGAUGUCAGAUGUCUACUGCCGCACGAGAGCAUCGAGAAUGCUACGUAUUACCUACCUCAGGAUGUGAUGAAUGCUAGUUAUCCUUGGGAUAACGAGCUAAAGGGCUGGUCGCAAUGUUUACGGCGGGAUCCCAUAUUGGAUGGUAAUUCUCAAGGUCAUGACAAUUCUCCUGUUCAAACCCCGAUAGGAUCACUGAAGUUGGCCAACACCGAAGGCAAUAAACCAUGUGAAGAAUACGUUUAUGACAGGAGAAAAUAUAAAAGUACCACUACUUCUGAGUGGAACUUGGUCUGCGAUAGAGCAUGGCUGAGAGCUACGGGGGACUCAUUGUUCAUGGUAGGAGUCAUGCUUGGCUCGAUGAUAUUUGGUGCUUUGUCCGAUAAGUUUGGACGUAGACCAAUUUUCUUCCUGUCUUUAGUCAUCCAGCUAGCCGGUGGUAUAUUGGUCGCCAUAGUGCCAGAGUUUAUUUCCUACGUAAUCUUCAGAUUGAUCGUUGGUUCGACCACCAGCGGAGUUUUCUUAGUGGCUUACGUUAUAGCUCUUGAGAUGGUCGGCCCCAAGAAACGUUUAGUAGCUGGUGUAGGUUGUCAAUUAUUUUUCACUACGGGCUACAUUCUUACGGCAGGUUUUGCUUAUUUGAUAACCGAUUGGAGAAUGCUGCAGGUUGCCAUCACCAUUCCGAGUAUUGCAUUUCUGCUCUAUUGGUGGUUCAUUCCAGAAUCUGCUCGUUGGUUAUUGAUGAAAGGUCGUGCCGAAGAAGCUAAAGACAUACUUCAGCGUGCAUCGAAGGAAAAUGGAAUGGAGAUUCCACGCGAAGCAUUGGAUACUCUUCUUAGCAAUAAUAGCGAUGAUAGUAUGCCUGACUCAAAGAAGGCUUCUCUCUUUGAUCUUUUCCGAUAUCCAAAUUUAAGACGAAAAAGCAUGUUAUUGUUCUUUAAUUGGCUCGUAAAUAGUGGUACAUAUUAUGGAUUAUCCUGGCAUGCAUCCAAUCUUGGAGGAAACGAUUACGUGAACUUUCUGAUAUCUGGCUUAGUAGAAGUGCCCGCCUAUACAUUUCUUAUUUUCACGUUGAAUCGAUGGGGACGAAAAAUUAUUCUCUGUGGUUGCAUGUUGAUUUCCGGAUUUGCAUUACUCGCCACAUUGUUCGUUCCUGUCGAUAAACCAUGGCUAGUAGUUUGCCUUGCUAUGAUUGGAAAACUUGCCAUCACGUCAUCAUACGGUGCCAUUUAUGUUUUUACGGCUGAACAAUUUCCAACUGUUAUUCGCAACGUAGGUCUUGGGGCUAGCUCGACUUUCGCUCGUAUUGGUGGUGUAAUAGCACCAUAUGUGAAUCAUCUAUCUGAAAUAUGGAUACCCUUGCCUUUGGUCAUUUUUGGAUCCUGUGCUCUCUUUGGUGGCAUGAUGUCAUUGUUACUUCCAGAAACUUUAAACAAGAAACUUCCAGAAUCUAUUCAAGAUGGAGAAUUAUUUGGAAAGAAAAUUUCGAAGAAUAAGAAAAAGAAAAAGAAGCAGCAGCAGCAUGAUUUGGAACAAGGAAAUGAGAUAGAUGUGAUAAAGCCAUUGAAGCCACAAGAAAAUGGAGUGCAUGAAAAGCAAAACGGAUGACGUUAGUCUUAUUGAGGAAUGUCGGGUGUGCUGAAAAUAUUUAUCUGAUUCCUCUCUGAUUGUAUACUAGGCGUCCUCAUGCACGUGAUCCACGUGUAGUGUGCACACAUUAAAAGCGCACCAAAUUGAAAAUAGAGUUCUCAAGUAACU